GCAAGAGACAACCCGCAUCAUGGCUUUGACCGAUCCUCCAGUGCCCCUCAGUAGCGCCCCCUGGUCCACAAAAUGCGAAGCUUACUGGCUUGUGACCUGGCUGCCAACUGAGGCACUGCCCGAGGGUCUCUACGACCCGCUAGAAGCAUCGGACCCUGCGUUUACUUCACCUGAGCGUGCGGGGAAAUUCAAGGGCGGGUUAGGAAUGAUUCAGGUUGUACGGUACAGCGAGACGCCUGUUGGUGCCUACGAUGAGCUGCUCAUCAUUCCAGGCACGUACGUGCUUCCCGGUAAACACAAGUCAGGAAAACGGAUAACCCGCAUCUAUGUCAGCCAGCCGAAUACAUGCUAUAACGGUCGCCGACUCUGGAACAUACCCAAGCACCUCGCCCGCUUUAACUUUACCUCUCCUCCUACGUCCUCGAACGGAACACCACCGCGCACGCUUCACGUAGCCGUCAACCCGCCCUCGACGCAUCCCAACACAGGUACCCCGUUUUUCAGUGCUACCCUUACGCCCAUGACUCUAUUGCCUUCCUUGCCCUUUUCCACGGCCUUAUUCCCUUCAUGGGGCCCACUCGACGCGACCCUCCUCCAACCGCCACUCCCGUGCCCAACAAGUUCGCCUCCGCUUCAAUUGAAUGACGACCUGUCCGCGCUCGCUCUGCUCACGGGCACCUCGACAUGGAAGAGCCUAGCACCGCAACUGCGGCAGUCGCAAGCACGCGGCAUGUGGGUUGAGAUGCAUGCGCCAGGCCGCGAUGGCAGUAGAGAGUCGGAGGAGGUGAAGAAGUGGUGGCCGUCGGCCGUGUCGCCAUUUAGAAUCGGAUUGUGGCUGCAAGAUGCUGUCUUGGAUUUACCUGUAGCGGAUGAGUGGGACGAGUAAUGAGAUGGGGAAAGCGAUGUGCUGUACGAUAUUUCAGUCGUUGAGGCGGCGGUGGACUGAUCAAUGGUAUUCUUGUACGGCCAGGAGAUAACUGUGACUGGUGGGAUCAAACUACACCCAAAAACCGCGGACGAGUGCACUCAGUAUGAUUGAU